GUGUAUAGAUUAUUGGUUAUCUUCUUUCCUUUUUAAGUAUGAUUAUGUUGGAAGAAAUAAAUUUAUUUGUAAUUUUUUCUGUUAGAUUUGUUUUUUUUGGUUCAGUAGAAAUCUUUUAUUUGAAUUAAAAGGUUUUGUAAAUAUCAUUUGUGGAAGAUUUAAACCAUAAUCUAUGUUUUUAUAAGAUUUUAGAUUCAAAGGAUCUAAAACCAAAAAAUAAUAACAAUACUAUGAUUAUAAUUGUUUUAUAUGCCACUGUUUGAUGCCUUUAUAAACUAGACAUGUGACUUGCAAAUAUCAGUUGUGGAAAAUAUAAACCAUAAUCUAUGAUUACCUUUAUAAACUAAAUAUGUGACUUGUCUUUUUAGAAAUAAUGGCAAAAGACGAAGAAGAAUUGCCACGAGCACUAGCUGCUUUUUUGAAAGUAUGGAAGACUUUUGAGAUGAUAAGUAUGAAGAAGUAGAUGCUAAAGCAUUUACAAACGACGGUGCUGUACACAUUCCAGCCUCAAUGCCGGAAGAAAUCAGGGGACCCAGUGUUCAAUUCAGAGUCAACAAAUCCUAAGAAACAACAUUGGUUCAUGUGUUCUAUUUAUUUGUCUGAGAUUUUCUGUGAUCUUGUUAUUGUCUCCAUAAUAGUUUCUCUGGUCUUUCUGCUAUUCUCAGCUUUGAAAAAGCCACUGAAGAUAACUGAUAAGCUUCGACAUUGUUAUUUCAGAAAAAAAUGUCUUAGAAGUUAGAACUUGGAGGCUUCAGGAAGAAGUGACAUGGAUAAGUAGCUGAGCUGGAAGUUUGAAGCUGGUAUGUUAGACAUCCUCUCGUAUUAGGUUUACAUAUACAUAGAGUGAUGUGUUCUUGCUUUACGUUGGAGAGAAGAUCUCACGUUGAAAAUAUGAAAGGGACUUGAGUAAUUUAUAAGAGAUUUGUGUCAAUCUACUUAUCGUCAAUUGGUUUUAAGUUGAAAGCUCAGGAAAUUUGUUAUGGUAUCAGAGACAUGUCAAUAGCCUAAUCAAUUAAUCCGGCCGGGACAGUGGUCCGAUCAACCCACUAACUGAUGGAAGGUUCAGUUCCUACGAGAUUGCUAGAAAAACAUUGUUUCGGAGGGGGUAUGAUGGAUUCUGCGAGAUUAAUAGUUAUAUGCACCAUUAUCUCGAGUGAGAGUGUUGAGAGAAGAUCCCAUAUUGAAAAUAUGUAAGGAACAAAUUUACGCUUGGAAACACAAUUUGAGUUUCUAAUUUUACUAAAAGACACAUUGAAUCUUUAACACACUUUCUCAUUGCAAAUUUACCAGGAUAACCUCCAACUAAGCUAAGAGAGAUGAUGUCUCUCGUUACCUUUUCUUCUAACUAACCAAACUGAUCUGCUUUUUUACUUUUUUUUUAAAAUACAAUUUUUUUUUCUCUAACUAAUAAUCAAACCUUAUCUCUUCACUUUAUACAAAAUCGUGAAAAUCCUUUCUCCCCUGACAUUUUCUAGAUCCAUAUGUUGAACUCAGACAUAAGAGGUUAGAGAGAUUGAACCCUAACCUUCUCCAUCUGAAACUGUCACUAAUACUCUUUUUCACUUUUGCCUUUUCUCGAUCUUUUUAUCUCGAUCUCGGAAUCUCAAUCUCUAUUUCUCAAUCUCAGAAUCUCGAUCUCUAUUCCUCGAUCUCAAUCUCUCCUAUGAACGAAACUUAGUCUUGUAAAAACGAUGGAGGUUGUGAUGGAUACCGCAAUGAAGGCGGUGGUGGUUAUGGAGGUGAUGGUGGAAGGCGUGAGUGUGGAUACAAUGGUGGUGGUUGGUGGAGGUGGCUACUCAAGUGGAGGAGAUGGUGGUGGAUACAGUGGUGGUGGAUACGGUGGAGGAAGCGAUGGAUGCCGCAGUGGAGGCGGUGGUGGUUAUGGAGGCUGUGGUGUAAGACGUGAGGGUAGUUACAGUGGUGGUGUAAGUGGCUCCACGCGUCUCCCGUCCACGCAUCUCAUGUCCACGCGUCUCCCGUCCACGCAUCUCUCAUCCACACAUCUCCGUCCACGCAUCUUUUUUGUCCACAACGAACUUCCAUUUACCCCCAGAACCACAGACUCAUUCUCUACAUAUCACCAAACACAUCUCAACCAUCUGCACUUAAGAAACAAAAUAAUCAAAAUCAUGAAAAUUUUACCCCCUAAAACACAUUCUAUGUUACCAAUUACCUUUAGAGGCACAUUGUGUUGGGAGAACAUUUUUCCAUAUCAAUUUGUCCAAUAUUUUGUACAUGAUACUUAGGCUCGUAAAUCCAAUAUACGAUGUACACGAUAAUGUAUCCACAAUAAAUCUAAACUCUGACCUAAUUUGCCUAUCCACAACAAUUUGUCCACCAUAAACACAUCCACAUGAUUUUUGUCUACAAAAACAUAUAUCCACCAAUAGAUGGUUUGUGAAGUUAAUGUUCAUUUAUUGCAAACAACCAGAAACCAAGUUAUGUUUGGUUUAUUUUUUUAAAACAAAUAGAUUUCUCGUUAGAUUCAAGAAAGAGUAUUUUCGUCUCAAAAUGGGAGGACCCUACAUAUAAAGUGUGUUAAAGACACAAUGUCUUUGUGAGUAAAGAAAAGACAGAAUAUGUCUUCCAAUGUAACUCUCUCCUUGAGUAAUAUAUAAGGGUUACAGUAAUUAGAGGUAUAGUCUAUUUAGGAUCUGGUUUUGAUACCAUGUUAGAAUCAAAUUUAUUAUGGGUUCCAACUUAAAAUCAACUCGACAUUGAUUCGCACAAGCGCGCAGGUAUUUGUUUUCAUAUUUAUAUACGUAAACUUUUGUUCUAUAUUGUUAAUUGUAAAUAUUCUUAACAUUAACCAUAUUUUCAAACGUUUAUUGUUUUUUUUGAACAAAAUAAUGUUAUCGUCAACAUGUAUGGUCUUCUCCUUCAUUUACUUCUUCUACCAUUUUUGCAGAUAAUUUUAUAAUUUUAAAGUCAUAUAUUUGUCUGCUCUUAGUCCAUAAAGCAUUGUAGUAUAUAUUUUAAAUUAUUUUUCACAAACGAAAAAUGUAUAUCACAAAACAAAGUUGCACAUUCUGUUCAUAAAUUUAGAUUGAAAAGUAAACUAUGCAAUUAUAACAAAAAGUAAAACUAAAAUUUUAAUAAAAUAUUAUGAUUUAAAUUUCAAUUAUUCAUACUAAAAUAAAAGGGUUUGCUCAUAAAUCUUUCUAAUUCCAAAAAUUUAGCACCCCUUAAAAUAAAUAAAAUAACUUAAAAAAAUUUGGAAUUAUAAUUUCUAUUAAAAUAAAUUUGUUAAAAAAAUAUCAUGCGCUGUUACUGUUUAUUCCUAGAGUUUGACAUGUGACCGUUUGUAUAUUUUUUUUCACUUUAAAAUUUCUUUGUACUAAAAUGGUAUAAUAUAUAUAUAUAUAUAUAUAUAACUUAAAAUGUAUUAUCUAAUUGUUAGUAUAAAAAUUUAAAACAUAACAAUUUUAUUUAUUACUAUGAAUAAUUAUAUUUUUGUUAUUUUAAUCGUUUAUUAUAUCACAGUGUUUUAUAAAUUGUUUUAUAUUUUAUUUAUAUAUUGUAUAAACUGAUUAUGAUAUGUGAUUUUUAAUUUAUUAUUUAUUACUAAUUUAUUAUUUAUUACUAAUAAAUAUCGGAAAACAUUUAAUACGUUAAUACAAAAUAUAUUAGAAAAUCAUUCAUGAACCAGCUUGCAUGUGGAACAUUUCCGAUUUUGCUAUCAAAUGAGGUCAUGUACCAUAUUGCAUAAUAUGCUUGGUGAAGAUGAAUGAGAUACAUAUGCUCACGACUAUGAUCAAUCAGAGGCAAAUGGGUCUAAUGUACAACAACCAUUCUCGACUGAAGUGCUACCUGCAUUUGCAAAUCAUGUACGUGCUAUAUCGGAUUUGCGUAAUUCCAGUGUACAUCAUGAAUUGCAAGAAGAUCUAGUCAAACACAUAUGGGACAAAUUUGAAAUGUUCUGUGGUUGAAGAGAUUUUUUAGUUUGUGAGUUAAAUUUAUUGUACUAAUUAAACUAUGUGUGUUUUAUUAUUUACUAGGGCCGGCCCGCCCUACGGGCGGAAAGUUAUAAUAAAAGUUAUUUUAUGUUAAUUUAUGAAGUAUUUAAAAAUUAUUAUAGAUUAAAAAAUAUUAUAAACGAACAAAUAAUGAAAGAAUGAUGAGAUCAUUAUAAUUAUUUUUUUGUUUGUUUUGAAUUACCUUCACUAUUCUUUGAUAAAAAAACAUUAUAUUUUCAAUAUUUAUUUUAAUUUAAAAUGUUUAGUUUUAUAAUGUUUUUCAUUAAACUAACUUAUUAAAGGUUUUUUGCGAAUAUGAUUCAAAACUUCAAGUCAUCUCUAAAGUAAUUCAUGCUUUUUUAGAUUUUUCUUUGUGCUUUACAUGUGAUGUAAUUGUAUAUUUCGUUUGUGUGUGUGUUUUGUAAACUUUUGAUCAGAAAAGUAUAUAAUAAUGUUUAUGGCUUUUGAGAAUGUUAGGGUGUUGAAGGAUUAUGUAUGUUAAGAUUAUUUAUAUUUGAGUUCGAUGUUUGUGGCUAUAUUUUUAGAUUAUGAUGUAUAAAAUAUUAUAUUGAGUGAAUGAGGUGUAUGUGGUGCUCUCCUUGUAUGUUUUUUGAUAAUUUUGAGUCCAAAAUUGGUUGGUUAAUUGUGGCUUACUAUAUUUUAAGUUCUUAAGAAUAAGUUCGUGGUUCUCAUAAUUAUUAUUUGUAUGAAUGGAUUGGGUCAACAUGAUUGCAUUUCGUUACAGUAUAUGUUAGGCUAGAAAUAAUAUUUAAGAACCGAGUAAAAUAGCGAAAGUAUAAAUCUAAUUGUUUAUAUUCUAAAUUAACACUUAAAUAUAUAACUAUAAAAUUAUGUUUCAAAAACAUUUUAAUUCGUUUAAGGUUGUUUCAUAGGUGUAAAUCUGAUAUCUUUGAUGUAGAUAUCUACGUCUUUGUUUAUUUUAAUGUAAAUAGUUUAGUUUUUUUUUGUUAUUUUUCUAUUAGUUUCUUCAUUCUUACAGUUAUAAUUGAAUACUUUGUAGUUCUUUGUCAAUGAAUAAAAUUAUUUUAGUUUGUUUGUGCUAAGUUUAAGUGACUUAAUUACUAAAUUAUAUAUAUAUAUAUAUAUAUAAUAUAUAUUACUUCAUUAUACAUUAUAUUGUAUUUAUUAUUAUAUUUAAAAUAAUUUUUUGAAUAGUUUCAAUAUUUAGAAUAUUUUUUAAUUUAUUUAUAUAGAUGAGAAAAAGUUUCUAUUGUAGCAUGAAAUUUAUGAUAUUUUAAAUUGAGUUUUGUAAACAAAAAAUGGGUAACACUUCACAAUAUGAUAAAAAAAAUUAAAGAAACUGAAGAAACAUCACUGCCUUAAUUAUUAAAAUUAUUUUUUAUAUAUAAUUAUAAACAUAUUUUUAUUAAAAUAUCAUACUGUUAAAAUUUAAUAAAUUUUGUUGGUUAGAUUUGAAAGUAACAGUAACAUUCAUUUUUUGCUAGGACACAAAUUUUUUAAAUAAAAGAAAUUCAGGAAAAUGUAAUGAUUUACAUUUCUUCUUGUGGAUUUUUAUUUCACUUUGAUAUAGUUGAAGAAUAUCUAAAGUAAUGAUAACUAAUAAUUUAUUUCUAGGAGUUUCAAAUUUUAAUGUUACACUAAUUAAUUUUCUCGUAAUAAUAAAUUAAUCUACUCCAAAAUAAAUCAAUUGAAAAUACACUAUAAUGUGAUAAAAUUAUAAAAAGGUAUAUUUUAAAGUACUAUAGAAAUAUUUUGAAUAAUGCCAUAAAUAAUAAAUAAUAGAUUUUUAGUUAACAACAAAUGAUGUUUUAUACUAUAUGUUUGUUUCAGUUUAUAUUAUAUUUUCAAAUUAUAGUGAAAUUUUGUUUAACUAUUAGUGUUUUACUAAUUAUGAUUGUAAAUUAUUUUAGCAUCUUUUGAUUUUUUUUAACUAUUAGUGUUUUACUAAUUAUGUUUGUAAAUUAUUUUAGCAUCUUUUAAAAUUGUUUACAGAUUAAUAAUUAAUAUUUUUAUAAAUCAAUAAAGACUAUAAAAGUAUUGCAUUUAUAGGAGAAUUCAAUUGAGUUUCAUACAACAUCAUACCAAAUAAUUUACUCUAGGAACUAAACCAUAAUCUAACCGUUAAUAAUCUGGAAAUAAGGAUAAACCAGACUACAUAUAAAUGUUUUUGAAAUUCGUUUUCCUCUUUAGAGAUUAAAACCAGAAGAAGUAACUCAGUUGUAUAAUAUUUUCGGUGUUUCUGUAUUGAAUGAAAGUUUAUAGUUUGUUUAGUGCCAAGUAUCCCAUUCUCAAUUUCUACAAUAACAUCGAAAAGCAUAUAUAAUUACACAAUUAAAUGGAUUAUGCCCUUCAAAAGAAAACACAAUCAAAGAAUAUGUCGCUUAAUAUUCCAGUAAAAAAAAUGCACACCACAAAGCAAAAUGUAUAGAAUAAUCCAUGCACUCCAAAGUCCAAAUAUGGAUCCCUCUUUGAUAAUUCAGGAGCAACAUAGUAAUAAUCGCUUCCUACUAUAUCCUUCUAGACCUUUCAUGUAAACUAUGAGCACAAGAUUAUCAAUUAAACGGCAUAACUUAAUAAUGUAAGUGUAUCAAGCAAAAAAAUAUGCGCUUCAAAACUGAGUGUCUCCAUUCUGAAGCUUAUAAUUAUUUUUCAAAUAUACGAAGCAAUCUAUAAAAACCACAAACAGACCAGAGUUUCAAAACAACCCCAUAAAAACAGAGGAGAAAUCAAAACCAAAUUGGAUUUCACAAUUAUGACAAAGAAUGUUAUUUUCUUUUAUUAUCGGCUAGAAAUCUCGGAAACUUUUUAAGACAGUUAUACUCGGUCGAGCGAGUCAAUUACGACCUAUAUAUCCGGUCGGAUAGGGUUAAUAUUAAUUAGGAGUUUAACUUAUUAGGAUCUGAGCUCUGAUACCAUGUUAGAUUCGGGUUUAUUAUGAGCCUCCAACUCAAAACCAAUUGGCAAUUAGUAGAUUGACUCAAGUCCCUUAUAUAUUACUCAAGUCCCUUUCAUAUUUCCGAUGUGGGAUCUUCUCUCCAAUACCCUCCCUUGAGAUAAUGGUGCGUAUAACCAUUAAUCUCGCAGAAUCCACCAUACCCCCUCCGAAAUCAUGCUUUAUUUUUCUAGCGAUCUCGGCGGAACUGAGCCUUCUAUGGGCCAUCAGCUAAUGGGAUGAUCGGGCCACUGUCCGGGCCGGAUUAAUGGGUCAGAGUAUUGGGCCGGCUCUGAUACCAUGAUAAGUUUCCUGGGCUUCCAACUCAAAACCAAUUGGCAAUUAGUGGAUUGGCCCUAACCCUUUAUAUAUUACUUAAUGUCCCAUUGAUUUUCCAAUGUGGGAUACAUAUCCCUUAAUAUCUUUACACUCAACUACUGACGAUCUUUACUUGGUAAGAGUAUUCACCAUUGCAGAAAUUAUUUCUUUCUCUCUAUUUUUCUAACUACGAACAGAGAAAGCCGAUGAGAAAACAACAAUCGUCACAUUAAAGUAUCUCUCAUUUUUACUCUUGAUAUAAAAAAAAAGUAUACCGAUCAGUGGCCACUCAGGCGUGGAAGACUAUUUAACAUAAUAUCAUAAGAUAGUUAACCUCCAUUUGUCUUCUCUUUACCGCCGUUUCAUCUUAUGUUAUCGCUGCCAUCUCUAUCAACAUCCUCCUCGCAGUCCUCCCGAUCCAAUGUGGAUGCGGCCUCUCCCAAGGCCCAGUUCCAGUUGUACAUAGAUUAGCCAUGGCUCUGAUAUCAGCUGUCAUCUUGCUUGGAAUUCUCUUCUCCACCGUUGCUGAGAUCCGCGACACGCGCUGGAUAUGGUGGCGAACAUGCACCACCACGACUGUCAAGUGGUUCCUUCGAGGUGGAGAGAUCAUUACUCAAUCUUAACCUCAGCAAGAUCAUUUUAAAGUUUCGCGGAGGAUGAUGACCAUUUGGCUUCUUUUUGCAGGUUGUGUAUUUUUAUGAAAAAAUAGAAUGGUUUGAUGAAAAUUGGAAUUUGGAGAGGAUGUCAUCGCUAUUUAUAGGAUCACAAAUUUUGGAUCUGCAAAGCAGUUACAGAUGGAAAAGGAGUAACUAAAAUUGAUGUAGAGGGAAAGAGAUACGGGAGAAUUGAGUGGGGGAGUUAAUGGAGAAGCUUAAUAGAGGAACAUGGGAAGACGUUGCCGUUCUCGUAGAGGAUAUGGAAAUUAGGGAUUAGAGAAGAUGAAGGUCGUGGAGAAUAGGAGGGCCGUUAAUGGGCUUCUAAUUCAGUCGAGAAAGUGGGCUAUGGUAGAUAUAAUUCUAACGAAAGAAGAAAGCAAUUUAUGUGCCACGUCUCAACUUAGUUUCGGUGAGUUUUGCCUGCACUUGACACAUGUCGCCGCUCUCUCAGCCUCUGAAUUUAUGACAUGGAAUCCAAUGUGACAUCAUCAGGAGGGAUACAAAGCCUACUUUAUAUAUAAAGAUAUUGUGUGUUUAUUAAUGUAUUGUAUUUUAUUUUAUUUUCUCGUAAUUUUAUUUAUUUUAAUAAUGACUUACUUUAUUUGUCAUCUUUAAUAUUUGAUUUGUUUCUAUUAAAUUUACAAAAUGAAAUUAAAUUUAUGUAAAACAUAUAUUUAGUUCUAAAAUAUUUAAAUUUAAUUUCAUUCAAUAAUUGUUAAUACGUAAUUACAAAAACAUAAGAAAAUAAAAUUAUUUAAAAAGCAUGGUAAGGUGUUGAAUAAAAUUCAACAAACCAUUGUUAGUGGGUGAGUAUUGAAUUAUUAGAUAGAAAAGAGAGAUGGUGAUGUGGAAGAGAGAAAAUAUGAGGUGGAGAAUGUUAGACAAGUAUGAAAUUGACAAAGAUAUUUCAUGAGAUAAGAUGAGAUUCAAGAUUCAAUUAUAGCAUUAACUUAUGUAAAAACUUUUUUAUUAAAUAUAUUAAAAAGAAUUGUUACUUUAUAUAGUUUAUAAUAAUUAUUAUUAUAUAUAAACAAUUUUCAAGUUUCUGAAUCUUAAAUAUUUUUUUUCUUUCAUCAUUAAUUUAACAAUACAUAUUUGUAGAUGAAUGUUUUAAUUAUAAUUUUUAUAAGUUAUUAUUAUUAACGAAACAAAAAAAUUGUAGGUCUGGUGGUGACAACACGGCGAGGCUACCCCGUUCCAUACCAUGAAUUAGAAGUGGUAUGGCAAGCAUUUCCUGUGGUUUGACAUCCUCCAAAAAGAAAAAUUCUUUCCAGUUGUUCCUGCUCCAAUUUUUCCACAUGAACCGGAUACCAUGACUGUUGAACAAUUAAUUCAACAAUCAGGUCGAGAGCAUUUCCACUCCAUCCUCACCUAAAACGACACACUACAUUCUUAGUUCUUAUUGUAUGUUUUGUUUCAUUGUAGUUUAUCUUAUUCUUUUUUUUGGUAGGUUCAACAAGUCAGACAAUGGCAUUAGCAAGAGCGCCAUUAACAUGAUGAUGUACUCCAUUCUCAGUCACGGAUAUCCAUAUUACAGCAAGUUCCCGAAAUCUGAAAUCAAGUUUUCCGUCAAUUUGAGGUAUUUCUUAAAUAUUUUUUAAACAUUUUAUUUAAUUUUUUCUGUUAUAUUUCUACUAUUUAUGUGUUUUUCGUUUGUCAUCAAUAAUUAACUUGGGAAUCCGGAGAUACGAAAGUAGUCGGUGUAACCUUUCACCAAAAUGCCAUGAGAACUUAUGGGAAGAAUAUCUAUAAGUGGAAGAAGCUGUGUCGUAGGGAAAGACACCAAAAUCUAUAAACAGGACGGUCUGGUUUGAUUUGCAGGCGCAUUAGUCUAAACAUGAGUCUAAAGAUAAGUCAGCUGCCUUUAAUUCCAAGGACCACCAAAGCGACUGUGGCGGAAAAUAUCUUUAUGUCAAGAACUUAGGUGCAUGCAGUAUAUCUUAUUAUGACGAUCAACUUAGAGUUGUAUAUUUUCUUUAAUUAUUUAAAAAAAAAUUAUUUAUUAAUUUUCUUUUUUAAAUUAAAAAAAAUGAAGGUAAUCCUUUCAAUUAUAUCAAUAUAAUGAACGGGACGUACACCAACAAGAAGACGGGAAAAAUUCAAGAUUCUAUUAUGAAGGAUAUCAUAGAGUUCAUGGAAACUCGGGUGGAACAAGUCCGUGCUUUCCAGAUCAUCUCUGAUGAUGAUUCUUCGGCUUCCAUCAACUUGUGACAAGUUCGAAUAAACGAAAUGGUAGAAAAGGUAAUUUUUAGAUUAGUAAUUUCUUUAAUAUUUUAGUUUCAUUCAUAUUUUUUUAAGAUUUUUCAGGCUGUUCUAAGAAAGAAAAAUUCCCUGGUCCAGUUGAGUUGUCGGGCCUCCUCUUGUCCUUCUUCUUCACAAGCAAUGUAUGCCGAUCUCGUGAUUAUGGAGCAGUUAAAGAACAAAGAUGACUGGAUUGAAGCCUUGGAGACACAAAAUGCUACAAAUCUUGCUGAAAUGGUGGAACAUAAAGCUGCAGCGGCGGAACAAAGAUCGGUUGUGGUAAAAACUCAGAGGCUGAACCAGGAGCUAAUGAACAAAAUAAAGAGGUUGUUUCCUCCUGAGUUGUUGUUUUUUUUUUAAUUUAAGAACUUUUAAAUGUUUUUUUUGUUUUGUAAAACUUUAUUUAUAUAUUUUCGAAUUUAUAUAUUUUUAAUUAUUUAUUAAAUAAUAAAAAUAUCUGCAUUAAUUAAAAAUUAAUUAUAUAAAUAAAUUUAAAACAUUUCGAUGAUACAAGAAUCAGUGGAAUUUGAACCGAAACUAUCUGUCGGAAAUUUUCGACAGAAAAGUUGGUCAGAUAUUUACGACGGAAUUUGUCCAAAACUUCCGACCGAUUUGCUUCGUCAAAAUAUUCCAGCGAAAAAGUUCGUCUGAUAUUUCUAACCGAGAUUUUUUGUUGGAAAUUCCGAGCACCAAUCUUUCUGACAAUGUCUGUUUUGUCUGAAGUAAUUUCAGACGAAUUAUUUCCUCAGAAUUAUUUCUGACGAAAUUUUAGUCGGAAAUAUGUCCAUCAGAAUCCGUUGGAAAACUGUCAUAAUUUUCGAUGAAUUUUUUUUUGACGAGCUAGUUCUGACGAAAUUUUCUAUCAAAAUUCACCUGCCUUUUUGUAGUGGAAUCAUUGGUUCUCAUGCGCUUUCAUAUUCAGCUUUUCUAGAAUCACGAUUCCAAGCGAUUCCAGAUGCUUCUGAUUCCGCUUCUGCUUAGGAAGCAGGAAUCAUAGCCAAAAGAAAUAUUUCGUGCAACUUGAUUUUUUUAUAUUCUGGGAUUAAGCUAUACCGCGAGCAUUUUCGACCAUCUAUAUUUUUCGAAGAAUCUUCUCGUAUUAUUACUUCUUUCAAAACUCAACUUCAAAUUCAAGCAAAUCCAAGUAGAUUUAACUUUUUAUCACAUGCUAUCCGGUUAUUCUGCCAACGUCACUUGCGGUGUUUCCAUUCUAGCAUACUAAAAUAUUUUUCAAACUAUCGAGGAAGUAAUUUCUUGACCAAUGUAACCGAUACUCUGACCAAUUUACCAUGUACCCCGAAAACAACUACUUUUAUAAGUUUUUUGUUCUUUGUUCUUUGGACUUCGACUUCUCAUUCUCGAACACUUCUAUUAUCUUUUUGGCUUCCAUGUGCUUAAUGAAUUUUCUGCAACAUUUAACACUUUUAAGGCCAUUCAACCCAAUGCACUAUUUUUGCGUGUCGAAUUCAUUCCAUUGAUUGAUCCAUAUUUAUUUACCAAUUAUAACUUAGGCCUCUCAUCAACACCAUUAUUUGGCUUCAUCCACGUUCUUAUUAUUGUUGAGGGUUAUUAAACCUUAUUUGGCUUUUGUCUCCUUUAGGGUCUUGGUCGAAGGACAUUUGGUGUAGUAGGGGCAUUCCUAAACAUAAUUUUAUAUGUUCGAUGUUUAAAUUAGAUAAAUACCCUAAUAGAGAUAACAUUAGUUGGGGUUAGAACAUUGAACCGCUUUACCUCUUAUGAAAUUCAGAAAAUGAAUCAAGGGACUACAUAUGUUAUUUUUGCACUUACUCCUCUGAUCUUUGGAGCACAAUCUAUUUACGAUGCAGGUACCAUCCUCCUUCAACUAGUUCGAAUGCGACACUCUGUUUUUUGGAGUCUAUUCAAGGUGAAACAUACUCGACAAUGCUCAUUAUUUUGGUAUGUCAGUGCACUGUCUAUAAUCUAUGGAAGGAGAAAUCAAAGAUUGCAUCGCAACAUUUUCAGAACCCUGGAUCUUUGUUCAGACAAGUUGAUGCAGUUCUAAUGAACAAAUUUGAAGCCAUAAGAUCAGAAAAUCGGCCUUAAAAAUGUUUUGGUUCUUUAUUGUUCUCACUCAUUACCAUGUAUGUUACUACAAUGCUCUCUCACUAUCAUCUUAUGUCUCGUUGAAUGAAAGCUAUAUAUGGCACACAAAUUGAUUGACAGUGUUCAAUCUUGACUUCUCUCUUCAUGGGCUUCGACAUUUCAAGUUGAUAUUGGACUGUAACUUCAAAACUUAUGUUCUGGUAUUUUUAAUUUUCCUUUCGAUAUUAAUAGUCAACUCUUUUUCAAAUGUUUUAAUAAUUUAUGAAGUUUAAUUUAAUAUCAAUGCAGCAUAUUUGAAAAAAAGAAUUUUACGAAAGAUAAUUAACUAUGAUUAGAAUUGUAAUAGAGUUAGUCCUACUAUUAUACGGUAAACUUUUUAAACGUACGUUACACAGUAGAAACAUAUAUUUAGUUCUAAAAUAUUUAAAUUUAAUUUCAUUCAAUAAUUGUUAAUAAGUAAUUACAAAAACAUAAGAAUAUAAAAUUAUUUAAAAAGCAUGGUAAGGUGUUGAAUAAAAUUCAACAAACCAUUGUUAGUGGGUGAGUAUUGAAUUAUUAGAUAGAAAAGAGAGAUGGUGAUGUGGAAGAGAGAAAAUAUGAGGUGGGAAUGUUAGACAAGUAUGAAAUUGACAAAGAUAUUUCAUGAGAUAAGAUGAGAUUCAAUUAUGGCAUUAACUUAUAUAAAAACUUUUUUAUUAAAUAUAUUUAAAAGAAUUGUUACUUUAUAUAGUUUAUAAUAAUUAUUAUAUAUAUAAACAAUUUUCAAGUUUCUGAAUCUUAAAUAUUUUUUUUCUUUCAUCAUUAAUUUAACAAUACAUAUUUGUAGAUGAAUGUUUUAAUUUAUAAUUUUUAUAUGUUAUUAUUAUUAGCGAAACAAAAAAAUUGUAGGUCUGGUGGUGACAACACGGCGAGGCUACCCCGUUCCAUACCACGAAUUAGAAGUUGUCUGGCGAGCAUUUCCUGUGGUUUGAUAUCCUCCAAAAAGAAAAAUUAUUUCCAGUUGUUCCUGCUCCAAUUUUUCCACAUGAGCCGGAUACCAUGACUGUUGAACAAUUAAUUCAACAAUCAGGUCGAGAGCAUUUCCACUCCAUCCUCACCUAAAACGACACACUACAUUCUUAGUUCUUAUUGUAUGUUUUGUUUCAUUGUAGUUUUUCUUAUUCUUUUUUUUUUUGGUAGGUUCAACAAGUCAGACAAUGGCAUUAGCAAGAGCGCCAUUAACAUGAUGAUGUACUCCAUUCUCAGUCACGGAUAUCCAUAUUACAGCAAGUUCCCGAAAUCUGAAAUCAAGUUUUCCGUCAAUUUGAGGUAUUUCUUAAAUAUUUUUUAAACAUUUUAUUUAAUUUUUUCUGUUAUAUUUCUACUAUUUAUGUGUUUUUCGUUUGUCAUCAAUAAUUAACUUGGGAAUCCGGAGAUACGAAAGUAGUCGGUGUAACUUUUCACCAAAAUGCCAUGAGAACUUAUGGGAAGAAUAUCUAUAAGUGGAAGAAGCUGUGUCGUAGGGAAAGACACCGAAAUCUAUAAACGGGACGGUCUGGUUUGAUUUGCAGGCGCAUUAGUCUAAACAUGAGUCUAAAGAUAAGUCAGCUGCCUUUAAUUCCAAGGACCACCAAAGCGACUGUGGCGGAAAAUAUCUUUAUGUCAAGAACUUAGGUGCAUGCAGUAUAUCUUAUUACGACGAUCAACUUGGAGUUGUAUAUUUUCUUUAAUUAUUUAAAAUUGUUUUUAUUUAUUUAUUAAUUUUCUUUUUUAGAUUAAAAAAAAUGAAGGUAAUCCCUUCAAUUAUAUCAAUAUAAUGAAGGGGACGUACACCAACAAGAAGACGGGAAAAAUUCAAGAUUCUAUUAUGAAGGAUAUCAUAGAGUUCAUGGAAACUCGGGUGGAACAAGUCCGUGCUUCCCAGAUCAUCUCUGAUGUUGAUUCUUCGGCUUCCAUCAACUUGUGACAAGUUCGAAUAAACGAAAUGGUAGAAAAGGUAAUUUUUAGAUUAGUAAUUUCUUUAAUAUUUUAGUUUCAUUCAUAUUUUUUUAAGAUUUUUCAGGCUGUUCUAAGAAAGAAAAAUUCCCUGGUCCAGUUGAGUUGUCGAGCUUCCUCUUGUCCUUCUUCUUCACAAGCGAUGUAUGCCGAUCUCGUGAUUAUGGAGCAGUUAAAGAACAAAGAUGACUGGAUUGAAGCCUUGGAGACACAAAACGCUACAAUUCUUGCUGAAAUGGUGGAACAUAAAGCUGCAGCGGCGGAACAAAGAUCGGUUGUGGCAAAAACUCAGAGGCUGAACCAGGAGCUAAUGAACAAAAUAAAGAGGUUGUUUCCUCCUGAGUUGUUGUUUUUUUUUUAAGUUAAGAACUUUUAAAUGUUUUUUUUCGUUUUGUAAAACUUUAUUUAUAUAUUUUUGAAUUUAUAUAUUUUAAAUUAUUUAUUAAAUAAUAAAAAUAUCUGUAUUAAUUAAAAGUUAAUUAUAUAAAUAAAUUUAAAACAUUUCGAUGAAACAAGAAUCAGUGGAAUUUGAACCGAAACUAUCUGUCGGAAAUUUUCGACAGAAAAGUUGGUCAGAUAUUUACGACGGAAUUUGUCCAAAACUUCCGACCGAUUUGCUUCGUCAAAAUAUUCCAGCGAAAAAGUUCGUCUGAUAUUUCUGACCGAGAUUUUUUGUUGGAAAUUCCGAGCACCAAUCUUUCUGACAACGUCUGUUUUGUCUGAAGUAAUUUCAGACGAAUUAUUUCCUCAGAAUUAUAUCUGACGAAAUUUUAGUCGGAAAUAUGUCCAUCAGAAUCCGUUGGAAAACUGUCAUAAUUUUUGAUGAAUUUUUUUUUGGCGAGAUAGUUCUGACGAAAUUUUCUAUCAAAAUUCACCUGCCUUUUUGUAGUGGAAUCACUGGUUCCCAUGCGUUUCCAUAUUCAGCUUUUCUAGAAUCACGAUUCCAAGCGAUUCCAGAUGCUUCUGAUUUCGCUUCUGCUUAGGAAGCAGGAAUCAUAGCCAAAAGAAAUAUUCCGUGCAACUUGAUUUUUUUAUAUUCUGGGAUUAAGCUAAACCGCGAGCAUUUUCGACCAUCUAUAUUUUUUGAAGAAUCUUCUCGUAUUAUUACUUCUUUCAAAACUCAACUUCAAAUUCAAGCAAAUCCAAGUAGAUUUAACUUUUUAUCACAUGUUAUCCGGUUAUUCUGCCAACGUCACUUGCGGUGUUUCCAUUCUAGCAUACUAAAAUAUUUUUCAAACUAUCGAGGAAGUAAUUUCUUGACCAAUGUAACCGAUACUCUGACCAAUUUACCAUGUACCCCGAAAAAACUACUUUUAUAAGUUUUUUGUUCUUUGUUCCUUGGACUUCGACUUCUCAUUCUCGAACACUUCUAUUUAUGUUUUUGGCUUCCAUGUGCUUAAUGAAUUUUCUGCAACAUUUAACACUUUUAAGGCCAUUCAACCCAAUGCACUAUUUUUGCGUGUCGAAUUCAUUCCAUUGAUUUAUCCAUAUUUAUUUACCAAUUAUAACUUAGGCCUCUCAUCAACACCAUUAUUUGGCUUCAUCCACGUCCUUAUUAUUCUUGAGGGUUAUUAAACAUUUCCUCCAUAGGGGAGGUCUAUGACCUUAUUUGGCUUUUGUCUCCUUUAGGGUCUUGGUCGAAGGACAUUUGGUGUAGUAGGGGCAUUCCUAAACAUAAUUUUAUAUGCUCGAUAUUUAAAUUAGAUAAAUACCCUAAUAGAGAUCACAUUAGUUGGGGUUAGAACAUUGAACCGCUUUACCUCUUAUGAAAUUCAGAAAAUGAAUCAAGGGACUACAUAUGUUUUUUUUGCACUUACUCCUCUGAUCUUUGGAGCACAAUCUAUUUACGAUGCGGGUACCAUCCUCCUUCAACUACUUGGAAUGCGACACUCUGUUUUUUGGAGUCUAUUCAAGGUGAAACAUACUCGACAAUGCUCAUUAUUUUGGUAUGUCAGUGCACUGUCUAUAAUCUAUGGAAUGAGAAAUCAAAGAUUGCAUCGCAACAUUUUCAGAACCCUAGAUCUUUGUUCAGACAAGUUGAUGCAGUUCUAAUGAACAAAUUUAAAGCCAUAAGAUCAGAAAAUCGGCCUUAAAAAUGUUUUGGUUCUUUAUUGUUCCCACUCAUUACCAUGUAUGUUACUACAAUGCUCUCUCACUAUCAUCUUAUGUCUCGUUGAAUGAAAGCUAUAUAUGGCACACAAAUUGAUUGACAGUGUUCAAUCUUGACUUUUCUCUUCAUGGGCUUCGACAUUUCAAGUUGAUAUUGGACUGUAACUCCAAAACUUAUGUUCUGGUAUUUUUAAUUUUCCUUUCGAUAUUAAUAGUCAACUCUUUUUCAAAUAUUUUAAUAAUUUAUGAAGUUUAAUUUAAUAUCAAUGCAGCAUAUUUGAAAAGAAGAAUUUUACGAAAGAUAAUUAACUAUGAUUAGAAUUGUAAUAGAGUUAGUCCUACUAUUAUACGGUAAACUUUUUAAACGUACGUUACACAGUAGAAACGUAUCCGAAUUUGACUAGUGUUUUUCCAAAAAAGAAUUAGAUUUAUUUCCUUAUUAGCUAAAUGCACUGUAGCAAUAUAUAUUUUGAGAUUCUUACAGGACUUAACCCCAAUCAUUAAAAGAAAAUACCAACAAAGCAAGAUAAAGAGAGAAAAACAGAGAGAUAAGUUUUCUUUUCCUUUGAGCAAAGCAGAUCUAGAGAAGAUGUCUUCAUCGUACUCUCAGUCUAUCCCCCUCAUCGCCACCGGAGCAAACAACUUUAACCAAAAAGAGAUGGAGAUGACGAUGACUCAAAAACGUAACACCUUUGUUUCACCAUCACUCAGAAAACAAAGAAACCAACCUGGAAACCGAAAUCCAGAUGCUGAAGUGAUAGCGUUAUCUCCAAAGACGAUCAUGGCGACGAACAGAUUCCUAUGUGAAGUGUGCAACAGAGGAUUUAACCGGGAACAGAAUCUACAGCUUCACGGGAGAGUACACAACCUUCCAUGGAAGCCGAAACAAAAGUCGGAAAAAGAAGCGAGGAGGAAGGUAUACAUUUGUCCGGAGCCCACGUGCGUCCACCAUGACCCGUCACAUGCUCUCCGAGACUUCACAGGAAUCAAGAAGCAUUAUUACCGGAAGCACGGUGAGAAGCAGUGGAAAUGCGACAAAUGUCCUAAGAGUUAUGCUCUUCAAUCUGAUUGGAAAACUCACUCUAAGAUUUGUGGUAUCAAAGUGCAUCGAUGUGACUGUGGUACCACCUUUUCUAGAAGAGAAAAUUACAAUGCCCACAAGGCAUUAUGUGAUGCAUUGAAUCAAGAGUCAGGAAGAAAUCCUACUGGGAGCAUCACGAAUAUGGCAGCAGCCGCUGGUGGAAGUGAUGGAAGACAAGACUUUUACGGCGGUGCUGCUUCUGCUCUUGGCAGACUACAAGACUUUUACGCCUGUGCUGCUUCUGCUCUUGGCAGGCAAGACUUUUACGGCGGUGCUGCUUCUGCUCUUGGCAGACAUGGUUUUUACCGCGGUGCUGCUUCUGCUCUCUCGCAUAACCAAUUCGGUAACAACUCAAACACUGGUUACAAUCUGAACCGUUCAUCUUCCAAUAAGUUUGAAGGCUUCGUUCCUCACCCCACCAACCCUAAUCCCGGCCCAACCAAUUUCCCCAUGCAAUGCCCUUCGAACCAAGCAUCGUUGGCGCACAACGAUCAGAGUCUCAGGAGCCAGCAUGAUUUGAUUAGCCUCGGUGCUAGGAUCAACAAUAACAACAACAACACUAACCAUGGAUAUUUUCAGAACAACACCAAGACCUCUAAUCAGACUCUUUUCGCCCAUGGUGCUGACAUCAACGAUCCUUCUGUUUGGCAAAGAGGAUUAACUCCUUCAUCUUCGUCAGGUGUGGUCGUUAAUGGCUUUGGAGAUAAUGAUAAGGGAAACCUUCAGGGUCGGAUGAACUCUCUUGCUAUGACAACAAAUCAACAAGGCUGGUCCGCUAGUAACAUUUUCGGCCCUCAUUUCGGGAACAACCUUAGCAUGGGAGGCUCUGAUGUGUUGACUCUUGGUGUUAACGGAGGAAGUGUGAGCAAAGGUCGUGGUGAUCGUAAUCCAGCACCUUUGGACACUCAGAUGAAGUUUGCGUAUCCGAAUCGUCCAUUUGGAAACCCCUGAGAUGAGAUUUUAUGUGAAUAUAUUUUGUUGGCUUUCAUUGGAGACAUUAUUUUUAAGUUUUUUUUGGUUUGCUUUUGUCAACUAUUGCAGUGGAUAAGUAUCUUCUCUUUAGUAAGGAUUUAAGUUGGGGAUUUUCAGUUAAUUUCGUCAA